AAAAGAGGUAUUUUUUUUGUUUACUUUACCCCUUUCUUUUUCCCUUCUCUUCUCUUCUUUUUUUUACCUUAUUACUACAUAUCACCAUGGGCAACGGACAAAAAGCACAAAUGAAGCGUGAACGCAAUGCUAAGGCUACCAAGGGUCCUUCUUCUCAAUUGAAAGUGAAUGCUGCUGCUAAGAACAUCAUUUGCAAGACCUGUUUCCAAACUUUCCUUUGUACAAGUCGAGAAAAGGCUUUGACUGAACAUGCCGAAAACAAGCAUGGAAAAAAGAUGAAUGAAUGUUUCCCUGACUUUGUUGCUCCCUCAUAGUAGUUAGGAUAAUUAGACCUUCCUCCUCUUUUCUUUAUCAUGACUGCAUUUGUUUUUACUUCACUCUAUUAUCAUAUAUUUAUAUACUUUUAUUCUUCUUCCGCUAGAUUGAUUUUAUGAUCAAUGUAUAAUAAAAACAUCUAGAAAUUGUUGUUUACCCCUCUUCUUGA